AUGGGAGUGUACUUAAGCAACUAUUAUUACGUGUUGAUAAUAGUGUUUGUCUUGGGAAAAGAAGUGAGAAGCCAGUCGUUAAAAAAUGGUUAUUAUUCAACUUCAUGUCCAAAAGCUGAGUCCAUAGUAAGAUCCACCGUUGAAUCUCACUUUGAUUCUGAUCCCACCAUUUCGCCUGGCUUACUUAGGCUUCACUUCCACGACUGUUUUGUUCAGGGUUGUGAUGGAUCGGUUUUAAUCAAAGGGAAAUCUGCGGAGCAAGCCGCUCUACCGAAACUCAGUCUUAAGGGGAUGGAAGUGAUUGAUGAUGCGAAAGCCCGGCUUGAGACGGAGUGUCCAGGAGUUGUGUCAUGUGCAGAUAUACUUGCACUUGCUGCUCGUGACUCUGUUGACUUGAGUUCUGGGCCAAGCUGGCGAGUUCCAACGGGUCGUAAAGAUGGGAGAAUCUCGUUGGCAUCGGAAGCAUCGAAUCUACCUUCGCCACUUGACUCUGUUGCUGUUCAAAAGCAAAAGUUUCAAGCUAAAGGCUUGGAUAUUCAUGAUCUCGUUACUCUUCUAGGUUCUUGCAAAUGUGCGAAUUUGUUGAACAUAAGAGACACUGAACUGAGCAGACAUAUCUCUGAGAAGACUGGAGUGGAGGAGAAAAGGUCCAAAGCACAAAAGGAGUCCAAUGUUCUUCUUGAUUAUACAAGGAAAGCGAUACCGAGGCUGACUUAUUUGAAGAAAAUCCUUGCGCAGCUAGAAGACGAUGUAGUUCCUUGUGAAUCACAGAUGGAGAAUUGGAAAACAAAUUUGGCUUGGAUACUCAUGAUCUCGUUACUCUUCUAG